UUACAUCCUCCCUGCUAAGUGGACAGACAGCCAGAUGGAGCUGGGUGGCACAAACACCAGCUUCUACGCUUAAUUACCACAAAUUAUUUACCUCCAGGACAAAAUCAACUAAUUCACUCCGAAUACACGUUGACAGUGCAUUUCAUCUGUUGCUUCUAUACCCUCCUCUUCACAAGCUGUGAUUAGGUGCGAUUCUUUGCUCAGCUAUGGAGGACCCUGACAUACGACAACAAAAGCUGGACAACCAGCGAGCGCUUUUGAUGAAAAAGCAGCAAAAAAAGAGAGCAGACACUCAAAUGGUGGUGGCCAAUAGAGACGCUCGCCAAAAGAAUCGAAAGCACAAAACUCUCAACUCAGAAGAGAUGCCUCUGUUGAUCUCUCAGUCCCUGAGCACCACAUCUCUGACUGAUCAAGUAGAACAUGCCCAUGACAACCCCCUGGAUGAGAUCACACUGGGUGAGGGUGACAUGAAGGCAAGCUUGGUCUCAGAUGAAAUGUCUCCAGAGAAGCCGGUUGCUCCCAAAACGAUGGACUUAGAGGUUGACCAAGAGCCUGAGGUGAAUGGUCAAGGAGAGAACAUAGCUGUCGAGGAGGAAAAAAAGACAAAAAAGAAUGAUGUCAAAAAAGACAAACCGAAACUGGUGGAACAGACAGAAGAGGAGCUAGAAAAGGAUAAAGAAAAGGAGAAGAAGGAGAAAAAAACUAAGAAAAAGGACAAAGUCAAGGAAUCGGUUGACACACAGAAGAAGACCAAACAAGAACGUAAAAAGAAACAUUUGCAAGAGGAUUCAGUCCCUGAAAUAAAACCUGAGGUGAAGGAUGCAACUCUAAAGAAUAAACACAAUGAAAGCGACAAAGAAGAUGGGGAAGAUCCUCAGGAGCCCGAUCCUCCCUCACCCAUGAACAAAAAAACCCUGGAUACAUCUAGGUGUCAAAUAAGCGACGAGAGCAAAGAUGAGGAAAUUGAAGAAGAAUCCAAGCAGAAGAAGGACAAAAAGUCAAGAAAAGCAGACAAAACUCCGUCUAGUCUGGCAUCAUACAACUCCAACUCCAGAGAGACUUCAUCCUCAGGCAGUGAACAUAACGAAAGGGUUACUUCUCCGAUGUCCGUGGAGGACCUUGAGAAGUUCUCCCUCCGUCCCGCCCCAAGAGACGUGACAAUCCAGUGCAGGGUAACCAGGGACAGGAGAGGCGUGGAGAAGGGCAUCUACCCAACUUAUUACCUCCACAUGGAAAAAGAGGACGGCAAGAGGGUGUUUCUGAUGGCAGGCAGAAAGAGAAAAAAGUGCAAAACGUCCAACUAUCUUAUUUCCACUGACCCAACAAAUCUAUCCAGAGAUACAAACUCCUACAUCGGAAAACUAAGGUCUAAUGUUCUGGGCACAAAGUUUACGGUCUAUGAUGGAGGUGAAAACCCAGAGAAAAAACCUUUCAUUAAAGAGAGUGAGUCAGUGCGGCAAGAACUGGCAGCCAUAUGCUAUGAGACAAAUGUUCUGGGUUUCAAGGGUCCAAGAAAAAUGACAGUGAUCAUCCCUGGCAUGCUGGAGAACGAUGAAAGAGUAUACAUUUGCCCCAAAAAUGAGCUUGAGACUCUACUGGUCCGCCAUUCGAAUGGAAACACAGACAAACUGGUCACUUUGGUGAACAAACCCCCAAGCUGGAAUGAACAGACUCAGUCAUACGUGUUGAACUUCCACGGACGUGUGACGCAGGCCUCUGUAAAAAACUUCCAGAUUAUCCACCCAGACAAUGAGGAUUACAUUGUGAUGCAAUUUGGCCGAGUGGCGGAGGACGUUUUCUCCAUGGAUUACAGUUUUCCUAUGUGUGCCCUUCAAGCCUUUGCCAUCACUCUCUCAUCUUUUGAUGGAAAACUGGCAUGUGAGUGACCCUGCCCCAAAGUGCUUAACAAGAUGGGUAAACUACACAGAAAAUAUACUAGUUCAUACUGAAGCUACAGUCAUUGUUUAACACGGGACUAUGUUUAAUGAUAUCUAACACAUGCAACAUGCCACAGACAUGGAAGGGGAGUUUUAUUAUAGGUCCUGUAAUUGUUUUACAAUUUUUUGUAUUUUAAUAAAAAAAUAAGUUAUUAUAUAAGUUCAUGUCAGGUUUUCCAUUUCAUGCUUUCCAAAUGUGUAAAUGAUUUGUGCAAUUACACUAAUAAUGCUAUCUGAUCGGAAAUAAGAGGCCAGUCUUUGAAUGAGUAUUACCAUUUUUUUUUUAAAUAGAAAAAUAACACAGAUGUCUGAAUGUUUAAUUUGAUAAUAAAGUCCUUGAUCUUUA